AUGGGCGAAGAGCAGAGCACCGUGAGCGGCGGCGGCGGCGGGCCCCAGGAGGCGCGGGCCCAGGCCGGCGGCGCCGCUGGCCACCGCGAUCCCCCGCGGCUGAGGGGGGACGGCUCCGGAGCCCCUGGGCCGCACGCCGCCUCUGCCGAGCCGAGUGGCGGCGGCUGUGGAAGGGACUGGGGCUGCGCGGACACCAACUCCCCGGAGCCCGCGAGGCGCCAGGGAGCCUGGGACUGGAGGAAGAGUCAAGCACUGGGCCGGCCCGUGGGACUGGCGCUCCCGGGGCCUCUCAACCCCCAGACUUUGCAACUGCAGCUGGAGCAGAAGCAGGAGGAGGAAGCUGGUGACCCAAAAGAGGGAGAGGAUAAUGAGCAGGAAGCGCCCCUCGGCGAGGAGCCGGAGCCCAGCAGCUUAGCGGGAGCCCCCGGAGAACUGAUCCUGGACGUGCUGGGGCAGCGGCCUCCGCCCCCUUCCAAGAGGCAAGUCUUCUGCUCCGUGUACUGUGUGGAGAGCGACCUGCCCGAGGCCCACGCCGCCGAGCCACUCUCGUCGCCAGCGUCCCCACCUCGGGCUUCGCCCGUGCCGAAGCUCCCCAGCCCUGUCUCCUCCUUCCCCAGCCCCCGGCUGUCCCUGCUGGCGGAUCCCUUGUCCCCCGACGGCGGCAGCAUCGAACUGGAGUUCUACCUGGCGCCGGAGCCGCUCUCCGUGCCCAGCCUGUUGGGAGCCCCACCCUACCCGGGCCUGGGCGGGGUGGGCGAUCCCUAUGCGCCCCUCAUGGUGCUGAUGUGCCGGGUGUGCCUGGAAGAAAAGCCCAUCAAGCCCCUGCCCUGCUGCAAAAAGGCUGUAUGCGAGGAGUGCCUCAAAGUCUACCUGAGCUCGCAGGUACAACUUGGCCAAGUAGAAAUUAAAUGUCCCAUCACAGAAUGUUUUGAAUUCCUGGAAGAAACAACAGUUGUAUAUAAUUUAACACAUGAAGACUCCAUCAAGUAUAAGUACUUCUUGGAACUCGGUCGCAUUGAUUCCAGUACCAAGCCAUGUCCUCAGUGCAAGCACUUUACAACCUUCAAGAAAAAAGGACAUAUUCCCACCCCUUCCAGAUCAGAAAGCAAAUACAAAAUCCAGUGCCCCGCUUGCCAAUUUGUCUGGUGUUUUAAGUGCCACGCUCCUUGGCAUGAAGGUGUUAACUGCAAGGAGUACAAAAAAGGAGACAAAUUGCUGCGUCACUGGGCCAGUGAAAUUGAGCAUGGACAGAGAAAUGCCCAGAAGUGUCCAAAGUGCAAGAUCCACAUCCAGAGAACUGAAGGAUGUGACCACAUGACCUGUUCACAGUGUAACACUAAUUUUUGUUAUCGAUGUGGUGAAAGAUACCGCCAGCUCCGUUUCUUUGGAGACCACACAUCAAACCUCAGUAUAUUUGGAUGCAAAUACCGCUACCUCCCAGAAAGACCUCAUUUAAGGAGAUUAGUGAGGGGGUCAGUCUGUGCUGGAAAAUUAUUCAUUGCGCCUCUAAUCCUGGUGUUGGGAUUAGCACUAGGGGCCAUAGCAGUUGUAAUCGGUCUUUUUGUAUUUCCUAUCUAUUGCCUUUGUAAAAAACAGAGAAAGCGGUCACGGACAGGUAUGCACUGGUGAAGCGCAAAGCUUCCCUCAGCUGCGUCGGGCCGGGCAAGAGCACUGCAGAAUGGUACAGCCACCUGUGAGU